AGUCCGUGGUGUGUGUACAGAAGAGUGAGUCACAGGCCCUGCAGUGAGGAGACUUGCUGGAGCCAGAGCCAGUGUGGAACUUGUGGAAAAAGAAAACACAUCCUCAACGUGUGCGCUGGACGGACCGGCGCAUCGUCACUUCCGGUGAGACUGGGGAGACAUGACCGGAAACCGUGCGGCGCUGUUGGAGGCGGCAGGGGAGACCGAGAUUCAACAGUGUUGGAAAAAAGCAGUACUGGUCGUCCUACAGUCACUCCCAUGACAUCUGGUGAUGAUGACGCACCGGAAGUAGGCCCAUCAAAAGAAGUCUUGAGCAGCAGAAGGCGGACUUCUGUAACACACCACAAUAUAAAACAUGUUGCAGCAAAAAAAGCAAGGUCUGAUGUCCAGGGCCAACCACAGCAGGCUACCCCGCCACGAAGAUUAUCGACAGUAUGUUCCGUCCCCCCACUCCAAAUUUUGGACACACCUCCAAGACGCCAACCACACUCCCCUUAUCUUGAUUCUUCUAGUCCUGGUACCAGCAUCCCUACGCAACACCAGCUACACAGUGACAUGGAUGAGACAAUCAUGUUAGAAAUGCAGCCAUUAAGCCAAGGAAUCAGCCCCCCAGCACCUGUGAGUACACCACCACAGCAAAGCACACCACCACCACCACAACACAGCCCAACAACACCAGUAACACAAGGCCCUGAUCAAGUGUUUUGGAACAUUUGGGCUAGACAGCAGGCCACUAAUGAAGAUUGCCUGCGUAGGCAGACACAAAUGUUUGCAGGCCUACCAUCUCACCUCAGAAGAAUCAUAAGAAAUAUGAGUAGACAAAAUGAACAAACCACGAGAAUUGGCAAUACCAUGGAAAUCAUGCAUGCAGACAUUACACAUGUCAUGGGCAACUUACAGCGCAUAAUGGAAGAACAGCACAGACAACAGAAAAGCUAUAUCAACAUUUUAGAAAACAAUCAAAAGAUCAAUGAAUCUAUCUCCAGAAAUGUAGACAAUCAAAAUGCUGCAACAUGUGAACUCAAUGCCACCAUCACUAACCUCAAUGAAACACCCAGAUCCCUGCACCAACAGCAACCAAGCAGCAGUUCUGGUAUGACUACUCCAAUUAUAACGCCAGUGUCAUCACCACCAAGGCGCUCCACCAGAGCACGCCAACAUGACAGUGGUAAAGGCAAAGGCCAGGACAAGCAGACACCCAAAAAAAAGUUAAAAUAUAAACCACAACAAUUUCUUUAAAGAGAAGUAAAAUAAAAAAAUUAGUAAGUGUAUGUCAGAAUAGAUAUAACACUUAGCUCCUUGACAAUUUGUACAACAUCAUUAAUUAUAACUGGUACAAACAACAACAGGAAAUUUGUACGCACAUUUAUUCUUUACCAUCUUUGUAUUUUUUUGGAGGAGGAAAAUGUUGUUUGAGCUGCACAUAGAUGUUAGCAUGAAGAAACCAGACCACUUGAUUUUUUUCUAAUCAUUACUCUUUCUAGAUUCCAAUCAUUCUCAUCUCAUGCAGACACAAUAAUUGGCAGCCAGGCAGAAUGUCUUUAGCAUGAAGAAACCAGACCACUUGAUUUUUUUCUAAUCAUUACUCUUUCUAGAUUCCAAUCAUUCUCAUCUCAUGCAGACACAAUAAUUGGCAGCCAGGCAGAAUGUCUUUAGCAUGAAGAAACCAGACCACUUGAUUUUUUUCUAAUCAUUACUCUUUCUAGAUUCCAAUCAUUCUCAUCUCAUGCAGACACAAUCAUUGGCAGCCAGCCAGAUUCAUCCAUGACCAAUGCAACUUAGAAUGUGAAUUAAAACUGUUUUAAAUUUCUUCUGUAGACGACUUUACAAGAAAAACACAAUAGAGUUGGAUAAAAGUGUCCUAAUUUGUUGGGGAAAUUUUUUUAAAUUUCAGGGCCAAAAUGAAUGACAUUAUUGUUGUUGCAUGUUUGUGUGUGUUAAAAAUGAGUUAUCAUAUUAAAAAAACAUGAGGCAGAACAAACAAAAUGUGAAAUAUUUGAAAGUUUAACACUAAUGUGUAUAAUAAUGGAUAUAUGUUGAAAAAUGUGUAUUGACUUACAAAUCUCCAAGUUUACUCCAGCAAACAUAAGGCAAUAAAUUAUUUUGGAUGAGACAA